UCUCUGCUGGUUAUUGAAAUUCCACCUUAUUUCUUAGAGUGCAGACGCACUCCCUUCUUUUUGAUGUGGAGUUUCUGUGUCCACUAGAGCUGAAUUCUAAUUCUAAGAGACAAGUCGAGUGACUAAAGGGCUCAGUGGAAAAUGUUUUCUGCUUCUUCGUGGUAUCUUGUCCAUCUAGUAUUUAUUAUCACUCAGCAGGCAUAGAAGGAGCAUUGCCCUUCUUUAGCCCAUUAGCUAAUUUCUAUGCUUGUUAUUUGGGAAACGAUUUUAAAAGACAAUGUGGUGCAUACCUCUUAAAAUGUAUGUUUCACUGGGGGAAACAACAUACACAUGACUGUUAAGUAGGAAUUUAAGAAAACACCUGAAGUGCUGGAGUGAAUUAUGAACAUAGUGAGUACUCAAAUAGUUCAAAGGAAUGCUGGAAUAGGAAGCCUAUAGAAGAUUUAAUUUAAAGAGUUAGAAUCCAGCCCAGCAAGAUGAUGAAUGCGGAUGUAUUUUAGAGGUGAACUGUUACCAAGUUAUAACUCAGUUUCCAAACUCUCACUUCCCCAAGGGCAAAUAUUAAGAAUUGCUGAAUUUAAGUGGUAGUUGUAUAUGGGUGAUUAGUGUGUUAGUCUCUCAACUUUUUGCAUGUCUGAACAUUUUUCUUAAACGAAGGUGAGUGGGAGAAGAGAGUUCUCCAUGGUGUGUGUCAUACCACAAUGCAAAGAUUCCUCCACUAGCCUCUCUUUUUGCUACUUUAAUCCAAAGUGUGAAAGUGGACAUUGCACAUCGCUGCCGUUUGUCAACGUGAUUUCUCAGGAUCCUUGUAUACUUGCUUGCCUCCAUUGGUUUCUUGAAUACCUUACGUGAAUAUUGAAGACUUUAUUAGUCAAGAAGCUUUAAGUUGCACCUGAUGAAAACUCGAUUCAAACUGGCUUAAGCAAAAAGAGGCAUCAGUGACAUUCAAGGAUGUGGCCAUGGACUUUACCCCAGAGGAGUGGGGGAGGCUGGAUCCUGCACAGAGGGACGUGAUGCUGGAGAACUACAGGAACCUGGUCUCGCUCUGGCUUCCAGUUUCCAAACCUGAGAACCACAAUUUGGAGAAUGGAAAGGAACCAUUGAUGCUUGAGAGAAAAGCCCCCAAAAGCAGCUGUUCAGACUCAGAGACUAGACCCGGAAGCAAAGAUUCAACUCCAGUGCAAGAUUUUUCCAAAGAAGGAUCAUGCCAGGUUGCAGUCAUAGACAGGCUGACAAGGAAUGGUGUCUGUGACUCCAACUUGGAAACAACUCUCACAUGUGAAAACCGGUUAGAGAAUCAGCAAGGAAAUCAGGAGAGAUGCUUAAGAGAUAUGUUCACCCACAUGAAUUCACUCCCGGAAGAGAGAGCUCGUGAGCAUGAUGUUUACUGGAAAAACUUGAACCAGAAGUCAGUACUUCUCACUCAAGACAGAGUUCCCAAAGGAUCCUGUGCCUUCCAUACCCUUGAAAAAAGAUUGAAACAGAAAUCAACCUUAAUGAAAAAGCAGAGGACCUACAAAGAGAAGAAACCUCAUAAAUGUAAUGACUGUGGUGAGCUCUUCACUUACCAUUCAGUGCUCAUUCGACACCAGAGAGUCCAUACCGGGGAAAAACCCUACAGCUGCACCGAGUGUGGGAAGUCUUUCAGCCACAGGGCCAAUUUAACUAAACAUCAGAGAACUCACACUAGAAUUCUCUUCGAGUGCAGUGAAUGCAAGAAGGCCUUCACAGAAAGCGCAUCCCUUGCAAUACAUCAGAGGAUUCACAUUGGAGAGAGACCGUAUGAGUGCAGUGAGUGUGGGAAAGGCUUUAAUCGAAGCACACACCUCGUGCAGCACCAGCUGAUCCACACAGGGGUGAAGCCUUAUGAAUGCAACGAGUGUGAUAAAGCCUUCAUUCAUUCUUCAGCACUCAUUAAACAUCAAAGAACUCACACUGGAGAGAAACCCUAUAAAUGUCAGGAAUGUGGGAAAGCCUUUAGCCACUGCUCAUCCCUUACCAAACAUCAGAGGGUUCAUACCGGAGAAAAACCCUAUGAAUGUAGUGAAUGUGGAAAAACCUUCAGUCAGAGCACACAUCUUGUUCAGCAUCAGAGAAUUCACACCGGAGAGAAACCCUACGAGUGUAACGAAUGUGGGAAAACCUUCAGCCGGAGCUCAAAUUUCGCUAAACAUCAAAGAAUUCAUAUUGGGAAGAAACCAUACAAAUGUAACGAAUGUGGAAAAGCCUUCAUUCAUUCAUCAGCCCUUAUUCAACACCAGAGAACUCAUACUGGGGAGAAACCCUAUAGGUGUAACGAAUGUGGAAAAAGCUUUAAGUGCAGUUCAUCCCUCAUCAGGCAUCAAAGGAUUCACAUGGAAGAGCAGCCCUGAAAAAUGACUGAAUGUGAAGAAAUGUGAGUUGGUUUUAUCGCUGUGUUAAAUACCUGAGCAAUUUGUGUGGAAGACGCAUAAACUGCUGCCUGAGGACCAGUUCUGUGUGUAUCUAACUCUACUUACAUAAUACAUAGCUUUGAGGCAUAAACAGAAUGUUCCUUAUAUCCAUUGAUUUGAUCAUUCUGAAUGCUUCCAGCCAGGAAUCUCAAAGGUUGAUCCCUAACCCACCCCCCUUCCCCCCCAAUGCCCUUUUGUGGAAAUUCAGAAAAUCCUUGGGAGUGGGUAGCAAUGCAAUCAAUGUGAAAUCCAGUUCCCCCCUCUUUGUCACAUCAAAGUCUGUUAUAGCAUCUCACUUUGUAAGGAAAUUCUUAUCUGGUAGGUGAGGCAGAGGGCUCAUAUUCUUAUCAUUGGGAAGACACAGAGCUGUUCCUCUUUGAAUCCAAAGUGGAGACCCAGAUAUACAGAGAAUGUCAUUUCUUUUACAUUAACUAUAAAAACUUAAAGGUUAAGUGCUGAAAUGUGCUUUGGAUUCCCUCCCAACCCCAAAGGCUACUAUCAUUUGAUGAAUAUAAGAGGUCUAAAUUAUGCUCACAUGGGUUAUGCUGAGAUUUAGAUGAUUAUUAUCCCCCUGCUGGGUACAUCUUCACUUUACACUUCCUUGGAAGUUACCCUGAGGUAGAGAAAGAGUCAGAACCUUAACUGUAGUUUUUGAUCAAGUCCCUCUUUUCUUAUCCUUGGCACUGAAUGAAUCCUUGGUUUUCUGUAAUCACAGUAUUAGGGAGAUUUCAUUUCUUUACCUUAUUCUGCUCUCUGUAAGGUAUGUUUUGUCACUUGGAGAGAAAGCCGCUGGGAUGUGCAGAGUGAAAAGUUGAUGGGUUCCAUAUAGGGUCUUGGACAAAAAGAAGAACUGAAGCAGCUUUGAGGCACAAACGCCGUGUCACAUACAGAAGAGAGUCACAGGACAAUGACUUCAAGAGGACAAGCGGCUUCUCCCCGUACCCCACACCCCGGGAAGUAGUUGCCGUUUCUCAGGCCUCCCGUUUACCCACAGUUUUUUGUUGUCCUCCUGUAUGUCGGUUGGUCUUUGCUGUAUCCCAGGGCUCCAAGGAAGGUAGAAAAGGCUUGAAGCCAUAGUGAUCGAUUGACAUGAGUUACAUGGGUGACCAAAGAACCAUGUGAUGGGAUUGGAAACACAAAAGCAAAAGUUCAAAUAAAUAUUUAGCAAAACACUAUACAAAUGUCAGUUUUUAUUGUUGCUCUGUUAUAUGGUGUGAAAAGAAGAUUAUAGAAAAGAUAGAGAGGGAAAGAUUAGUUACAGGUUUCUUCUUUCUCCUCUCCUAAAUCCUAUCCUUGGACCUUCAGCAAUCAGCCCACACUCUUCCCCCUGGCUGGCACAGGACAAAAUAAACAGAGCUCAGCCCUCUCAUCACCUCGAUAUUCAGAUUAACGGUCUGAGGUGGAAGUUGACAAGCUAUGGCCUGGACCCACUACCUAGUUCUGUAAAUAAUGUUUUAAUUGGAACUGGGCUUCACUCAUCAUUUACAUGUGUUUGGCUGUUUUUGUGCUAAAACAGCAGAGUUGAGUAGUUAGAGCAGAGAUUACAUGUCCCGGAAAAUAUUUGCUGUUUCUCAACAGGCCAAAUGCUUGAGUGAGAAGAAAUUCAUCUGGGAGCCAAUAUUUGGCUAACCCAAAAUCAAUGGGUUUGAAUUCUGCCACCUCCACUUGGCAAUUAUGUGACUUUGGAAAGCUACUUACUGCUUCUGAGCCCCAGUUUGCUUAUCUGUAAAAUGGGGACAGAUCAACCCUUUCUCAAGGCUGUUGUGAGGAAAAGACAAUGAAUGUAGAGAACCUGGCACAUAGUUGUAUUGAGAGACCUCCUCCACCUCUCCCUCGCUUUCUCUCUGUCAUUAGUUUCCAGGAGCCCUCACAUACGCUAAAAUCCACAGAUGCUCAAGUCCCUUGUAUAAAAUGGUGUAGUACAGUCGGCCCUCCGUAUCUGUGGCUUUUGCAUCCUCAGAUUCAACCAACAAUGGAUGGAAAUUUGGAUCCACUGUUGGUUGAAUCUGCUGAUGCAAAACCCUCGAAUACGGAGGGCCAACAGUAUUUAUUGAAGAAAUCCCCAUAAGUGGACCUGAGCAGUUCAAACCCAUGCUGUUGGAGGAUCCACUGUUACAUAUAUCUUAAUGAAGUAGUGAGUCUGUUUUAGGCUACCUGUAACAAAAUGUCAUUGACUAAGUGGCUUAUUUAAACAACCUUCUCACAGUUCCAGAGACUGGGAAGUCCAGGAUCAAGGCCCUGGCAGCUUCAGUGUCUGGUGAGGCCCCCUCCCCAGUUCUCAGAUGGCUAUCUUUUCACUGUGUCCUACCAUGGUGGAAGGGCAGGGGAGCCCUCUGGGGCCUCUUUCAUGAGGGUGCUAGUCCCAUUCAUGGGGGCUCUACCCUUAUGACCUCAUCCCUUCCCAAAGGUCCUGCCUCCAAAUACCACCACUUCGGGGAUUGGGGUUCCACAGGAAUUUGGGGGGGGACACAAAACAUUCGGUCUAUAGCAAGUGACUAAGCAUCAAUCAGAAAUGACUUAAGAAUGAGUGAGUCUUCCACACCUUUACUUACUGAUCUAGAGCUGACCAUCCUGCUGCCUGGCGUAUCAUAGAGAAGGGCUUCACUUCUUUCUGCUCUUGCUUCCAUCUGGUGCGGCUCCCUGCACCGCCUCCUGGAGACCUCGUGGAAUCUGCCUUUUUUCCUUCUAAUUAUCACUUAACCAGGAGCCACACCAUGGUUCCAGAGACUCAAGUAUUAUUGUCGUUUAGUUAGUGUCAAAGGACUUACUCUAAGCUAGUUUUACUGAGAGCUCUGGCCCUUUGCGUUUCAGUAUUUGUUCCUUUUAUGCUUGGAGUUCGAUCAGUUCUGACUGUGUAUUUGUGCUCCCACAGGAAUCUUGGAAGUUUUAGUGUUCUGCUUUUCAAAUGUUUUUGGU